AUAUUAGGGUUGGACCAGAAUUAGUUUUAGACCCAGCCUUCCUUGUUACCAGAUCGAUGGAAGAUUUUGUAACGUGGACAGAUACAUCAAAGAUCAAGAAACACAUUGUUGAAUACAAUGAGGAGAGGGAUGAUUUUGAUCUGAUGUGAAAGGACCUCAGAUGCUCAUGAAGAAAGCAACUUGUUGCAGUAAUGAAACAAUUACGGUGGCCACAACCUAUAUAGUGCUGAUGGAGACAUCUGGUCAUCCAAAUACUAAAUGCUUGCUUGACCAAGUUGCAGGUCUGGAAAGUUGCUUCUGUAAUGUUGCCACUUGUGAAUGGAGACAUUGGAAGGAUGUUUUUACUGCAUCAUUGGAGCAUGUUCGAAGAAGAUCUGAUUCUAACCUUAGCCAAGCCCAAUCUGCACUUAUAUCACAAAAUCUAUUAUCAAUUUAUUUCUGUCUUUCAUUCUUCUUGUGUCUCUCAAUGGAGGCGUGAUGGCUCAGUGGUAGAGCAGUGGUCUCUUUACCGGGUGGUCCCAGGUUUGAAACCAAGUCGAUGCUAGUGCCCUUGGGUAAGGCAUAGUCCUCAUUACCAAGUCCCUCAGAGAGGACUUAUUAGUCUCUUGGUUGCUUGUAAGUACAAGCAAGUACAAGCACAUACAUGCCUUCUUAGCAGUGAGAUAAAACAAGCAAACAAAUGAAACCGAACCUAAACGACCAUCUCUGACAGUGCUACUCUUUCCAGUUAAACUGUGCUUAAGCACAGUUCUUCGCGAAGCUGAGGAACUCGAUAAGAAGGUGUUCAGAUUAUCUAAUGAUGAAGAGCGCUUCCGUCACAAAGUCUCAAGAUGUAGGUCCUGUGGUAUGCCAUCAUAGAUGUAUACAAAUACCCUACAAGUAGAGGUACAUGUACUCUACCAUUAUUGAUGAUUGAACUGAUUUUUGUUAUGAAAUUGAGGUAGAAUUUUAGAUAAAGAGUAGAAAAUCAUGGACCUUUAAAUGUUGAGAUCAAUAAUGAUAUAUAUCCUCACAUUGGCAUUUAAGACUUCAUGUUUCAUAUCGUACAUGUAUAUUGCAAUUACUCCAUUUGUUGUGUGCAAAAGGUGUUAAAUACUAAAUAGGUACCGGAAGGAAGGAAUUCCUUGAAUGCUGUGAGCGCUGAAAUCGGCUGCCUAGCAGAGCCGGGGUAAUAGUUGGAGCGCCUUGAGCACCAUGCAUGGUGGAU